AUGGCAACGAAGAAAGUGUGGUUCAAGCUGCUGUACAAGGACGGAGAAGAGGUCGUGCCUAACGUAACUUCCGUGGGCGUGCCUCGCGACGCCUGUGUUGAUCAUUUCCGAAAAGUUGCAUACAAGAAAGUCAAGACAGCUCUUCCAGCGCGCGUCAGUGUCCACCGUCUGAAAGCCUUCGCUAGCCGAGACGCGCACCAGCAGCAGUCCGCUUUGAAAAUGUCCGCCGAGUUGGGUGACUUCGGCCAAGACGCGGACGACCCAGUCGUCGUGCAAGUGCCUGAAGUGUGGGUCCGGUUGGUUGACGCUGAAUCUGGAGCUCCGUUCGCGGACACCGACCCUGCUUCGAUCCCUCUAACUGAGGGAGACCGUGUGGAAAGUCUACGGGAGAUUGUCGUUGACGCAUACCGAGUCAUUCUAGGCGAUGUUUCGCCAUACAGCCUCAAGUUCUACGCGAAUAUCAAGAUGCAAAAGCCGUUGCAUCCAGAGGCGCAGAUCGGUUUACUCGGUGGAACGCUGGAAACUGCAGUCAUUAUCAAAGUACCCAGUGUCGCUGGAUCACCGAAGAGGAAACGACCAUCAGAUGAUGUUGAUCCCAAGGCGGCAAAACACACCAAAGCUGACGUGCCGAUCUCGACAGUGAAGGAAAACAAGUUUCGACAAUUAUUUUCAAAUAACCAGUGCAUCGGUGGCAGCUUCGAAACCCAACGAACACUCACGGUAGAGAAGUUUUACCGACUGUUGUUUCCCGACGACGGGAGCUUGGGUCUUCCGGUCAUCUCUGUUCGAGCGCCACCAAUGUCUGGGAAGACAGAUAUGUGCUGUCUUCUCAAUAACUACAUCGUCGCCAACAACCCGCAAGUACUCGUCACACACAUCGCCGCGAGUUAUAUGCUAGACUCGGACACGGACAAGUUCAUGGCCUGCUUCGAGCGCCAAUUCGGUGGCACGUUCACACAAUUUAGCUCGCUUUCCCGCGAAAAGGUGGUGCUAAUUGACGAGGCCGAGAUGGCGUACAGGGAUGCUCAGCUUUGGGCUGGAAUAGCGAAGAGUGUGAUCAACGGGAGCAUUCCGCGCAUGCGGAUUGUCCUGUUCUCCUCGUAUGGCAGCUUCAACAACUUCAUUUGCGAAAAUCGGACUCGAUCUGGAGUUGAUAUCCGCCCUGAGUACAGGUUCGGGCUGCGAGGAACAGCAGUAAAGCCUGGCUUGGAGCUUACGCGUGGUGGCAUGAAGGCAGAAGCGGUUGACGUCAUCUGGAGCAUGUGCGGCGGCCACAUCGGACUUGCGCAUGCGACGCUCAGAUUCCUGCGCCUCCGGCUGGGCCAUGCAUUGCAUACCAUCGACGCCAGCAGUCUAAGCGUUGAACUUCAUUCAAGAGACUUGCUGGUCCAUCUAGGAUCCUUGAAGCGUGGAAUGCCGACACCUGAAGCUGUUACUUCCAUGGCAAAAUUUACGGGGUUAUCAGAGGCGAAGGUGGCGGGUAUUUUGAAUGAAGUGGCGCUCGGCCACACUGUUCUCGCCAAUGACAUGAAUAUGGAGAAGGGCCACUUGACUCGAUCCGGCUUCCUUUAUGAGGAUGAGAAUAGGCAUAUCCAGUUUGCGUCGGAUGUGCAUAAGACACUGUGGUUGAAUUCUAGCCAAAAGCACUAA